AUGAAUCAGAGCCUCAAGGUGUUGAGAGGUCUCAAUUUCAUCAGAUAUCACCUAGACACAGAGUUGGAUGAGGCCAGAACAAACGGCAGACUAUCCGAUGAACAUGACUUCUUUGGAUCCAUAGGGUCAGGAAAGCCAGAAGCAGGGGAGCUGGAGAGGUACCUGUCAUGUCUAUUCACUGGAGUAAAAUUGUUGGAUACUCGACCCACCUCUGUUUCAGAGUCAGAGAGCCGUGUCUCUCUACAGUCAGAGGUUUUUGUACGGCGGCUCAAUGAGUUUGUAUCACUGUGGUUCACGUUCGGUGGAGGAACCAGACUGGAAUUUGGAUGUGAUGUCCGUCCUGCCCUAACAGUGCUGCCGCCCUCUAGUGAGGAGCUGAAGCAGGGGACUGCAACAAUCACAUGUCUGGCCAACAAGGGCUUCCCCUCAGACUGGAGGCUGUCCUGGAAGGUGGAUGGCAGCAGCAGCAGCAGGUGGGAGGAGAGCAGGAGCAUUGUGGUGCAGAAUGAUGGCCUCUACAGCUGGAGCAGCACCCUGAGGCUCCCUGCAGACCAGUGGGAGAAGGUGGGCUCUGUGACCUGUGAGGCCACCCAGGGCUCGCAGGCUCCAGUCUCAGAGAAACUGAGGAAAUACGAGUGUUCCUAGUCCUGACUCAACUCACUGGUUUUACUGCUCUCUGCAUUUUUUUUUACUGCUCUUUUACAUUGCGUAAAAAUAAAGAUUUAUUCAUCAAAUCAGCUGUUUUCAUUGGAUAAAAAAAAAUUCCAACCAAUUCCAGCGAACCAUCAAUCACGGUGCAAUAUUUAAAUGAUUUCCUAAUAUAUAAAAAAUAUUGUGGACAUCAAAAAUGAAAAAGAAAAGAAAAGCGAAUCUAUAAAAACAGGUUUUUGGCAGUUAUUUAAAUUUACGUACUUUGUAGUAUUGUUAAUGAUUUAAAUGCUUUAAAUAAAUUGUAAAAAUAUUCCAAUAGAGACGUUCAUGUGUUCAAUUUAGCUGCUGAUGUGUGAUAAUCAACCUUGCAAUGCUUCUUCAGAUCAACACGUCUCUUUCUCAGACACAGGUGACACUCACAUGUGCUGUAUCACUUCAUGUUAUUUUUUUUACUUUAAUUACAAGUGAAACUCAGAGAAAAAGAUUAAAAAAUCAUUACACACACCAGCAUCACCCAGUUUUAAGUAGUUGUAGCUGCAUUAACUUUUCUUUGUGGUGGUUUCCAUCAUGUAUGACUCUGUGGUGACUUCUUCUGUUGAGCGUAACAUAACCAGUAAAAGAUCAUGACUGGUUACUGUAUCCUGAAUGAUGACACGCUUACCUGCUUUAUUCAAAGUCACUGGACAAAAUCCAGAAUUAGAUUAUCAGAUUAAAUACGAUUAAAAAAAUAUCUAAACAGGAGAUAUAAAUGUUGUGCAUUCCCACAUAAGGUGGGACACCUGGUCAUCUUAUCUGCUCUUUCAUGUGCAUUGGGGACAGUUUGUGAGGUAAAAUGGUUAAUUCUCCAAAGUUUUUAGAAAAGAAAGCCGAUUUUACAAAGGGAACUUUUGAAUUUAUAUAUUUAAAAUACUUUUUGAAAAUUCUGGUGGGGCACUUCUGCCCAUUGAUCCAUCCAUCCAUUGUCUCCAAGUGUUGGGUUGUGGUCGCAACACGCUAAACAUACCCCCUGAACUCUACUGAACUCUACAGUUUGAUCCACUGCCUAGAAUCCCUGAUACUCAAGUGCUAGAUGACUGUAAUCACUAUCAGUAAUAAGCAAUUUAGUUUUUUCACCUCUCAGCUGGUACCAGUAUAACAUAUGCUGCAAAUAUAAACAUUGUGGCUGGUUUUAGACUUGAUGGUGACGGAGCCUCACAGAAUAGAGCUCACUGCUCCACUCUGAGUCACUGUGACCUGGAGUUUGGACUCUAAAGGUGCUGGUUUUGUUUUACUUCUUCUCUCAGUCAUCACUGUCUCUUACUCUCUUUCUUUCUCUCAUCAGACUAAAUAAAGAUUCAGACUUUCAUAUUUUCUUCCUCUUGAUGACUCAUCGAUACAUCAUAUGAUAUUUUAUGAAACCCUGAAAAAACAAUGAACAAAUAAAUCAAUAAAAACAAUUGUUAUGUCUUCUGUAUCUAUAGAUACAAACCAUCACACUGAGUGAUUCAAGAGAAAGUAGUAGUUCAACCUUUCAGAAAAACAAAUUAAUACAAUAUUUUUUCUCAGAAAAGUUUAUAUAAAAUGUAAAAAUGACAUGC